AAUAGUAAUCUUGACAAUGAAGGGAAAUGUAGACAAAGAUGUCUCUUACGCAUCUGCUGAGCGCAAGGCAUGCCGAGAGGUCAACGAGAAAUAAAGGAGAUAGAUUAAUGGCAGAGAGAAUGCACGUAGCUGUGAAAGCGUCCACCAAGAGAGAGAGAGAGAGAGAACGUGGAUGGGUUGUCGUCUUCUUCUUUCUUCCCUCACCCUGUAAAGUGGAUUAAUUGCGUAAUUGCUGUCGACUGCCUUCGCCUUAGAUGCAUACACAGUGUCUAAUGAAGAACCAGUACUUCUUCGCCUAUAUAAGGGCUCUGCCAAUUCCCAAUCUCCCAAGAAUUUGAACUGAAAUUUCUGUUCUCUCCGAUCCUUAUCACCCAAUAAAAAUACCUUACACCUACCCGCGUACCUCUACCUCUAAUCACCCAUGGCUGCUGCGAGCGUGCAAGAAGAGGUUCUUCCCCCAGCUCUGGACUCCACUUCUCAACCUCCCUCUCUCUUUGAUGGAACUACAAGGUUGUAUAUUUCGUACACAUGCCCAUUUGCACAGCGUGUAUGGAUUACCAGGAAUUAUAAGGAACUGCAAGACAAAAUUAAACUAGUUCCAAUUAACCUUCAAAACAGGCCUGCUUGGUACAAGGAGAAAGUUUACCCUGAAAAUAAGGUACCGUCUUUGGAACACAACAACAAAAUCAUUGGAGAGAGUCUAGAUUUGAUCAAGUACAUUGAUAGCAAUUUUGAAGGGCCUGCACUCCUCCCUCAUGAUUCUGCUAAAAGAGAGUUCGGUGAAGAGUUGUUAUCCUACACAGACACAUUUAUCAAGACAGUUUUUGGCGCAUUUAAAGGAGAAAAAGUGAAUGAAGUUGGUGCUGCUUUUGAUCACUUAGAAAAUGCCCUUGGUAAAUUUGAUGAUGGGCCUUUCUUCCUCGGCCAGUUCAGUCUGGUGGAUAUAGCUUAUGUUACAUUCAUUGAAAGAUUUCAAGUCUUCUUGUUGGAUGUGUGGAAGUAUGACAUUACAUCUGGAAGACCUAAAUUGGCAGCUUGGAUUGAGGAGUUGAACAAGAUUGAGGCUUACACGAAAACAAAAGUGGAUCCGAAAGAGGUGGUCGAAAGCUACAAGAAACGCUUCUUGGUUGUCCCUCGCUCCCUGAUAUUAUAUUCUGAUCUUGCUAUUUUGCUUCCUUCAAUUUUACUUGAUGAGGAAUUACAAUUGCUGAUCUCUUCACUGCAUAUUUUGCACAUUCUUUGCAGGGCCAGCAGUGAAUAUCGUCUCGCUGUCGGUUGUCAAGCCAAAUUUGGUCACCACAAAUAGCAACACACAAUCCAUUCAAUGCAUUUUCAUAAUAGACAAGUGGCUCGAUGCCUUUGUCACUUAUUUCUUGUAUGUUUCGUUUGCCUUUGGUAUGUGCUCUUAGAGGCAAAUGUGUAUUUGGGUGUGGGAGUGGAACUCUCAUCAGCAUGCUUAUGUAGCUGAUACCAAAAUGUUGGGGCACAUAAAUAAGUUGGGGUCAUUGUGUAGCUCAGUUGGUGUGGGCUUUGUUUUAUUGUAUUAUUAAGGAUAGUUUGGAAUUUGGAAAACGUUAAGGAAAAAAAAAAAGGAAAAUAUAAUUACCGCAUGUUUGGAGAGUACUUGGAUUUUGAGCUGUAUUAGACUUGGAUAAGAUGUAAUAAAAAUUUCUAUUGAAAUUUAUUCAAA